AUGUCGCAACAUGACCAACAACAGCAGGAUGAUCCAUACGGUUAUGCGCAGUUCAACAGCGAAUACCAGGCACCAUACAGCAACUCCAACAACACGACUAGUCAGAUUCCUCUACCUGGUCCCCAUUUCCCACAUCUAUCUCACCAUGUUCACGAACAAAGCUCUCGAUGUGCUCACGAUCACUCCUCCAACAUCCCGAACAAUUUCACACGAGGCGCGAGCCCUCAGUCGUAUCCAUACGCUCAUUUAUCGCCAGCACAGCCGUACGCGCAAGCCUCACCAGCCCACUCCUACACACAGGCAUCUCCAGCUCGACAUCCAUCACCAUCUCAAUAUCCAAUUUCACAAUCCUGUUCUCAAGGCCAUACACAAACAACCGGUAAUUCUGCGAUUCAACAAGCACCACACUGGGUGUAUCAUCCGCCAUCUGCCAGCCCAUAUCCACCUGGUGCACUACCUCUGUCCCCAACCAAUGUUCACAACACCAAUACCAACCAGCAGCAAGUUACUCCGGGGCUACAACUCCGAUCUACUCACAAGGAUCGUCAGCAAUCCAGCCCAUCAACCAUGUGCAUCCACCUCAACCUCAUGCGGUUCCUCAGCUGA